UUUUUAACUAUCCUGUCUAGCAGGAGCAGGAGAGGCGACCGGAGCCUCGUGGGGUCUGGGGGGGGAAGAGGUUUAAAAAACCAGCCCGAACUCACUGCCGCUCGACCGAGAGAGAGACGCCGGAGACCACCGGCCAGCAGCAGCCGCUCGUCGGUGCUAACCGCCUAAUAUAAUGCUCUUGCAAACGGGGACGCCGUGCCUUUCUGGGAAGCUGCUCUUUUGAUGUCCCCUCUGAUUUUUUUUGAAGAUCAGGAGCAAGUGUUACUAAAAUAAGCAAAAACAGAGGAGAUCAAAUGCACUAUAACUGUUGACUGGCAGGUGCUGAGGGCGCAGGCUGGAAAUGGUGUCUCUCAGGCCAGGGACUGCUCUGGUCUGAAGGUCCUGCUGUGGUGGAGCUCACCCUGGUAGCCCCACCACAUCGGCACGGUGUCGGAUGCGACUGAGAACGUGGCAGCAAAGGAGGAAGGAAGGACUUGCGCGACUCCCCGGCUCACCGCUUGCCUGCCCUCUGACAGCCGUGGACUUGACAUGCCGUCGGCCUGAUGGAGGAGUAGCUCGAGCGGGAGAUACGGAGCAAAGAAGAAGUUUCCCAGGCAACGUUGCCAGCAAGGCGGAGCCGUGCGGCGUGGCGGUCGGCGACGCUGCGGAGGAUGACCAGUCUGUUCCGGCGCAGCAGCAGUAACGGUGGGUCGCGGGGAGGCGGCUCGGCCGCGGGGGAGCUCAACAACAGCCGGCCCGCCCGGCAGGUGCGGCGCCUGGAGUUCAACAAGGCCAUGGAGGACUUCAAGACCAUGUUCCCCAGCAUGGACUACGAAGUCAUCGAGUGCGUCCUGCGCUCCAACAACGGUGCCGUGGACGCCACCAUCGACCAGCUGCUGCAGAUGAGCAUCGACGGCCAGGGCUCCGAUGACAGCUCUGACUCGGACGACAGCAUCCCUCCAGAGAUUUUAGAACGAACACUGGAGCCAGACAGUUCUGACGAGGAGCCCCCACCUGUGUACUCCCCACCAGCCUAUGCCAUGCACAUCUACGACAGGAAGUACCCUGAGCCCCCACCCACCCCGCCGCCCAGGUUCGAGGCGCAGCCUGCCCCCGGACCCCGGCAGGUGCGCAACUACAGGAACUGGAACCCGCCGCUGCUCGGAAAUCUGCCCGACGACUUCCUGCGCAUCCUGCCUCAGCAGCUGGACAGCAUGCAGGGGUCCCAGAGCAGCCUGUCUCAGCCGUCGUCAUCGUCGUCGUCCUCGCUUUCGUCUGUGAGCCAGCGACCAACACCUGGCGCCGGGACGGGGCCGGUCGGCGCGGUGACGGAGCAGGAGCGAAAGCUGAAGCAGUACCUGGAGGACGAGCGCAUCGCCCUCUUCCUGCAGAACGAGGAGUUCAUGAAGGAACUGCAGCGCAACCGAGAGUUCCUCAUGGCGCUGGAGAGAGAUCGGCUGAAGUAUGAAUCAAAGAAAUCUGGGUCCGCUCAUUCAUCCGCUAGCAUGGAGAGUUCCACAGCAGGAGAGCACUGCCCCUCCGGCUCUGGAGAAGCCUGCUCGCCUGUCUCCGAAGAUGCCUUGUUUCGGGACAAACUCAAGCACAUGGGAAAAUCGACGAGGAAGAAGCUGUUCGAGAUCGCCCGAGCCUUCUCCGAGAAGACGAGGAGGAGAAAGAGGAAGAGGAGGAUGCUGCUGAAGCACCAGUCACUGGGAAUCGCUGCCUCUACAGCCAACCUGCUGGAUGAUGUGGAGGGGAACCCGUGCGAUGAGGAGGGUCAGCUCAGGAGACCAGCUGCUCAGGAAGAGGAGGAGCCCCACAAGGAAGUGUUGUCAUGAUCUGUCCAGACCUGCCACUUCGAGGUUUCCACGGUGUCCGCAGAAUGACCCUGUGACUAUUGGCAGCUCUGACUCCUCCCUCCUGACUUAGACCAGCCAAUUGCACGCGGUGCCAGUGACCCGGGAAGCAUCUCCUCCUACCCCGCCCAGCCAGUGAGGAGCCGAGGCCGCCUGAGACCCCACCCACCUCAGCCUGAGCCCCUCCCCUUCGUAACUGCAUUAGACUUGGAGUGCUUAUGGAACUUUGCGCCUGAAAGAACUGAACUAAUGCAGUUAUCAGAUCUGAUAUUAUUUUGCCCCCCCACCCCCGAUUAUCUAUCAGCCAUUGUCCAUAUGAUUUAACCAUAUAAAUUUUGCUAUUCAUUCUAUUUGUUAGGUUAUCUAUAUGUAUAUUUGCUUCAGGCUAAUGCUCCCCCCACUCUGUGGUCAUAACCGAUGGGAGUAGAGGCUGUAGUUACAAUUUGGGUCAGGCAUUAUGCUACUCAACACAUCACAUGCAAGCUGGUGUCCAGCUGGUCUCUUCCGCAGAUGCCCCCGAUAGAGGCAAGCUGCGGCAGCCCAGCCGAUCCGAUUCUGCUCGGUCCCGCCCCACCGAGAGCCUCUUUGUGGGUCACUAAGCUCAAAGCCAGGGCAUCUGAACCACUGGUAGAAUGUCUGCAGCAUUGAGCUGCCCGAUCAAGAUCGACCGGCACCAACCCCUCGCACCACCUAGCCGCCGGGAGCCGGUCAACACUGGGGGGUUGGCAGAAAGUGGGGGAGGAGGGACCCAGGAACUGAUUGCUCGCACAUCCCCCUGCCCCCCCCCCUUGCCCGAGGGUAUUCCCGAAAGUCACCCGUAUUUUGCGUCCUCCCUCGUUCAUUCACAGCUGCAUCUCAUUUUUCCGAUGCCAAAUUCCACUGUAUCUCAGCCUAUGGGGAUUCCACGUUUUGACAGGUGAUCCGUCAGAAGCACCUACAAAAAGCUCUUUGCGAGGGGGGAAAAAAUGAACUACACGAACUGUCCCUCAAAUCUACACUGCCAUAUCUUACAAUUUUUUUUUCCAGUUUUAUGUGAAGCUUUCAUCUAAAAGGGGUGAAGCUAUACAUAGGACCAGUAUUAACAUUCUUAUUGAUGUAAUUACUAGGAGUUUUUGAUGUAGAGAAGUUUUAUUUACCCGUUAUUGAUGGUUGUGUUUUGUUGUAAACGAAAGGCUUUUCAAGUGAUGCCUCUAUGAGGACUGGCAUUAAUCUUAAGAGAGUCUUUGGAUGUAAUGGUAGAACCUUAUUGAAUCACUUUGAAAUUAAUGUUUGGCCAAAUAUAAGGAAAAUUUGAGUUGAGAGUUUUGUCUAGGUCUCAGUACCAGUGGUGAAUUAGUUGAUCAGUGGCUGUCGCAGGUCCUUAUUUGAGCUCAGGGAGGACUGAGACUGUGGAUAGAUAUGGGAGAUCCUGUGUGUGUUUUUUUUCUGCCUUCAGAGCUGUUGAAUGGAGUGCCACUAAUGUUUCCUUCCUUGUGGCAUUCUCAGCGAUGCAGGUCAGUUUUGUAUAGUAAUGUCGGGGGGGGGGGAACAGACAGGUUCAGCUUAAGAGCACAGUCCCAGUCGCACAGUCCCAGUCGCACCGGUGGCAGUGCUUGCUACAGGUCACGGGAAUCUAGGGAGCCAUACGGCGACCCUGUCCUCCAGCUGAUUGGAGAGCAGUCGCCUUUAACUGUCAGCCGUGGCUGAUGGCUCGGAAAUAACCUUGUUGCCGCCAACCUGACCAGGGGUUUAGAGCUCGGCUAUAUUGGGAAGGAGUCAGGUGCCUGGAACAGGCUGUAGAGCAGGGGGGCUUUGUAGUCUCACCCGCACAUACCAUUAAUCUGAAAUAUAUUUGAAGUUCUAAAAACUGUACAGCAGCAGGCGGCAUGGGUCUGUGUGGACCCCAGGGUACAGCUGCAUUGCAGGCAGCUUGAAGGAAGGCUGGGUCCACGGUGGGCCGUCCUGUGUGGCAGCCAAUCAGAGGGCUGCCGCUGGGUGCUGUUAUCUUGGUAUGACAGCCGUAGUCACCACUCCAGCGAUGGUCAUUGUGCUGUUCAAACAUUUCUGCAUUUCCCAGCAGCACCACUGAUUUUAACCAUUCACCCAUCUUCCUUCCCCCUUUGGCUCCCCUUUACUCAUUACUGGAUGCUCUUGUCGUUAAAGACACGCAUUUCUUUGCAUUAACAUAUGUUGCAACUUAGCUUAUGUUUGUCUGUCUGAUGUAGCCUCCAUGUUUUCAGUGAUGCAUCCGACCUGACCAGGAAUGAGGCUGCCGGCCUGUCUCACCACUUCAAAAAGCAUUUGGUCUGAGAGAAUUAUUAGAAAUGUUUAAUACAGACUGAUAUUAAACCCCCACUUAUCUGUAUCAGCGCGCCAGUCAGCCGUAACUGCAGCGAACAAAAGCCAUUCAUUCGCUGAUAAAUCUGUCAAAACAUUCGCAUUCCUUUGCACGUUGCUUAACAUCAAUUGCUAAGUGCCGGGAACAAAUUCCGUUUUAUCGUUCUUGAGAGAAAAAUGUCAGAUUAACAGUUUUGCGUGCAAGCUUCCGACAGACGUUUGUAUACAAAAAGAUUUCUUUUGGGGGCAAAGUCAAGAGUCAUGCCCGCUUGCAAAGAUGAAUUGUUCCUGAACUGAAGUGGAAGAGGGUAGCCAUUUUGACAGUAUGUGUUGUAACAACCAUAUACAUACUAGUAGGUGCAUAGACCUCUCAGGGAACGUCCGCAAACCUUUAUGCUCUAUCUGGUGCAAGCACAAUAGAUUAACUUUGGCUGGGCGAGAUUUGCUCAUUCAUUUUUACCCAGAAGUUUGUUUAAAAAAAAUCUAUUUUGAAAUGUAAUUUUCUGGACACAUACAUACAAAUGUUCUACGGAUUCAUUCAGACUAAACAGAAACCGCAUCUUAAAAAAAUCUGUCCUGCGUUGACAGGUUCACAAAGCGCUGUAAAUCCGAGUUAUUAGCCACUGACCGAUUUUAUAGCUGCCGUAUCUGGCAUAUUUUUCAUAGGCAAACUGGGGAGCCGACGUACCAGCCCAACCGGUGUGGUACGGUAAUCGAUUCCGACAUUUUUAGCCAUAUUCAUACCUGGAUCUUCUUGUAUAUACACCAAGUAAAGUCUUAGACAUGAUCCCUCCCCAGAAGUAACGAAUGUACGGAAAGGAGUUACGAUUUGACGGUGCACCAAUUUACACGUGGGCUCAUAACCCUUUCGUAAGAAUGUAUGCUAUAUGUGUGGGUGAGAAAAUGUUAAGGCAAAAAAUGACGAGUCAUGACUUUGUAUUUAACGAAGCGUAAUAUGUAUUUACUCGAUGACUGACAGGUUACUUCCGGAAACAAGCUAUUAACUGGAGUUUAUAUCAUUAAAAUGAAAUCCCGUUUAUAAUUCAGAAUUGCGUUUUUAUUUGCAGGGGGAAAUGGAGCACAAAUCGGCGGGUGGAUGAAAUUUGUGUGCUCCAGCCUCCCCUAAUAAUGUGUGAAGGCUCUGUAAAUGUCAUAAUUUCAAGAUUAUUUCCAGAUUUGAGAUUUCUUACACUUCAAAGAUGUUUAUUAGCUAUUGAAAUAAAAAAUGUGUUGUACCCCA